GAAGAAGAAAAUAAAAGGGGAUACUAUACUAUGGAAGGAUGCAGCGAGCGAAGAUGAGAUAGAAAAAGAAUUGUGAGCUGACAGCGGGAGGCGAUGGAAGCGAAGCAGCAGCAGCAGCUACUUGUUUGACAUUCAUCAUCUUCAUCUCGUUAACAAACUAGAAACCAAUUAUUACUCUAUAUUUACUUGUCCAACUCGCAAUGUCACCCAACAGAAUAUCCUUUAAAGAUUCCCUCCGCUCACCACCGGAUAUAGCCGCCGGAAUAUUCCUCCACGACGCCGUUCCAUCCUCACUCGUGGAAUUCAUCACUUCCAGAACUUCACCUUCUUACAAUCAGUCACUGCAUUCUUCUUCUUCUCCUCCACCUCGUCGACUUGGCGAUUUUUUGUCAGUGAGCCUGUCCACUAAGGGGGGUAAUUUGCCGGAUAACGGGGAGGGGAAGAAGCGGAUUGUUAGGCUUAGAGGAAAGCGCGGCGCCAUCAACACCACCAAGCAUUUGUGGGCUGGAGCUGUGGCCGCCAUGGUUUCUAGAACUUUUGUUGCUCCACUUGAAAGAUUGAAGCUUGAAUAUAUGGUUCGUGGUGAACAGAAGAAACUGUUUGAGCUAGUGAAAAUGAUUGCAGCUACUCAAGGUUUGAGAGGCUUUUGGAAGGGGAAUUUAGUUAACAUUUUGCGCACAGCUCCCUUUAAAGCUAUCAAUUUUUGUUCGUAUGAUACAUAUAGAAAGCAACUCUUGAAAUUAUCCGGAAAUAACGAAACCACAAAUAUCGAGAGGUUUAUCUCUGGUGCUGCAGCUGGGGUUACUGCUACUGUACUAUGCUUACCACUAGAUACCAUCCGGACGAAGCUGGUUGCACCUGGAGGAGAGGCUUUGGGUGGUGUUAUCGGUGCCUUCUGCCAUGUGGUCCAAACUGAAGGGUUCUUUUCUCUUUACAAGGGCUUGCUGCCUUCCAUUUUAAGUAUGGCACCCUCGGCCGCAGUCUUUUAUGGAGUUUAUGACAUGCUGAAAUCAGCUUAUUUGCAUUCACCUGAAGGAAGAAAAAGGAUAAAGAAUAUGAAGCAACAGGGGCAGGAACUCAAUAUAUGGGAACAACUGGAGUUGGGACCAGUGAGAACUCUACUACACGGAGCUAUAUCAGGUGCCUGUGCAGAAGUCGCUACGUAUCCAUUUGAAGUAGUGAGGAGGCAUCUUCAACUGCAAGCAAGGGAGAAUAAGUUGAGUACAUUGGCGACUUUCAUUAAAAUAGUUGAGCGAGGAGGUAUUCCUGCACUUUUUGCAGGACUAGUUCCCAGUUUACUACAGGUAUUACCAUCGGCUGCAAUAAGUUACUUCAUGUAUGAGUUCAUGAAAAUAGUUCUCAAGGUGGAAUAAGAAGACCCGGUCAGUUCUCUACUUGAAUGUUAAUAGAAAGGUAAUAUUGGUGUUUAGCAGAGUUUACAGAAUGGUGGCAUCAAGACCAUUUGUUUUUUGCGAUUCCUUUUUACUGUCUGAAGAAAAAAAAAAAAAAGAAUGAAUGCAAUCUGCACUCUUAUCUCCAGUGAAUUUGUAUUCUGCAAGUUUUGGAUGGAACGGAGUAGUAGUUACUCGAGGGCCUUGUGCAAAUGGUAAGGACAAAUAAACAGGGUUUCACUACGAACCCGCAUGAUCAUAAUAACCAUCAACCUGUUUUCUCAGCCCAAUCUAGACUAUAGUGUUUCACUAUAAAGACCCAUGUUAUGUUAGACUUACUGUAAUUCUCCGCGUCUUUCUUUUGCGAAACCCCUUUUACCGAACAUGCAGAAAUUGAUGCAUGUCUUCCCCACAAUAUUGGGACCAAACAAAGAGGAAAGACAUUAAUUUAGUCCGAAUUACUCUAUCUGUUUCAAAUUA